AAGGCCUCUUUAUUGGGAAUACGUUUGCGACGCUUAUUAUUAUUUUUUUGCGUGGAAAAAUUGAAUUCGGGCAACAAUUCAACCCUUUCAUGAAAUAGGCUACUCAGCUGAACUAACUAAAAUAUGAAUCCACUGUACUUCGGAGCGACAAGCAGCGGUAAUGUGGCCUUUCCUGUGCACAGAGUCAACGCGCUCUUUUAUGACCUUCACCACCAGAUGGCGGAGCAGUACCAGCUGCCCUCCAGAAACGGCUCCUCAUCGCUUCAGACUUUCUCAGUAGCAGAGCGUCUGGCAGAGUUGAUUCUUGAAGCGCGUUAUGGAAACCAGCAAAAGCAGCGUCGAAGUCGCACAGCCUUCAGCGUGUCUCAGCUCCAGGCACUUGAAAAAGCUUUCCAGCAAACUCAAUAUCCAGACGUGAGCAUGAGAGAGAGGUUGGCAGUAUGCAUCAAUCUACCUGAGUCUCGUAUUCAGGUCUGGUUCAAGAACAGGCGUGCCAAAUUUCGCAAGGGACAGAAAUAUAUCCCUCCAUCUAAAGACAGAGGAUCAAAAGAAACCAAAAGGGAAAAAGAUACAACUGGGAUUAUCCAUGCAGACUCUAAAGGCCCAAAUCAUCCUUCUCCUAUCAGGAGCUUAAGUGGCUCUGCAGCCACAUUUUGUUCCAGAGACUCCUUGGUCACACAGUCACAACCAAGGCUGCAUUCUCCCCCUGUAUUUCCUUUUGUAGGAGAGCACCCCAUACCCCACCACACUCUAGGGAUGCUAAUAGGUUUGCAAUAUCCCCCAAAUCAAUGGCCUUUGAUACAGCAGCACAACCAUGCUAUGGAUAUUGGCCCUGGCAAAAACUACAGCCUGCCAUCCGAGAUUGCUAGCCACAAUAAAGUUGUGGUUCGGCCUAAUGGACCUAUCUACAACCAACAGCAACAUCCCAAGAGUCCACUCAGAAGAUGACAAAUGUUUUGAAAACUUGGUGUUAAUUCAUCUCAAAUGCUGAAGACUGGGACUACUUAACUGAGCCUGAUGUUAACAUGUAAAUGUUCAGUUGAUUCACACUAGGCCUACCUCAGGUUCUUUUGUAGCUCAUGAAUACACACACACAGUCUAAAUAAAUGAUUAAAGUUAUGUGGAUAACUUUGUGGAUAUUAUGUUGAACUGAAGCUUUUAGGCACUUUUGUGUAUUGCCAAGUUAACACAUAUUUCUGUGAAGUUCAUUCAGCUUACAUGUAAAUGCUGGCACUCAUCUGUAUUUCAGCAAAUGUAGGUUUCUAUGUCACAUGUUCUCCAUGCACUUGCAAACUAGUGAGAUCUGAAACGAAAUAUACCUUUUUCAUGUGUUUUGUGUGUUAUAUUUAAUGCUUUUCAAGGUCGUUGUAACAAUAAAG